GUACUCCAUGGUGAGCGGACUGUGCGCCUUGUGCCUGCUGUGCGGGGCCCCAGACUGAUGCCAGCUGCAGCCCCCGGAGCCCAGUUAAAGUGGAUUAUAUGCUACGCUGGCAUCGCAGGAUGACCCCCCAGUGAUGUUGUGCUGGUUUUACCCCAGAUAGACCCCCGGCCUCCUCCCGCCAUGUCCCGGUUAUGGCUGCUGUCCCUCUCCAUCCUCCUGCUUCACCUCUAUCCACCGCGAGUGCGGGCCGAGGACCGAGAGACGGAAGAUCAGUGUCAGAGGAAAGAGCACCCCAUCCUCAGCUUCACAGAACUAAACCCGUGGCUGUGUAACUUCACCUAUGGAGAUGUUCAGGACUUCUCGCAGCUGGCGCUGGACCCCAACCGCAACCAACUCAUUGUCGGAGCCAGGAACUUCCUCUUCCGGCUCAGUCUCUUCAACAUCUCCCUCGUGCAGGUGUCAGAGUGGAGUUCGGAUGAAGACACCCGGCGGUCCUGUCAGAGUAAAGGGAAGACGGAGGAGGAAUGUCAGAACUACGUACGAGUCCUGAUUGUGACGGGGAAGAGAGUGUUCACCUGCGGGACCAACGCCUUUUCACCGGUCUGCACGAGUCGCCAGGUGGGGAACAUCAGCCGGGUGAUUGAGAAGAUAAACGGUGUAGCCCGCUGCCCGUAUGACCCACGCCACAACUCCACCGCCGUCAUCACAUCAAGGGGCGAGCUGUACGCAGCCACCGUCAUCGACUUCUCCGGCCGGGACCCGGCCAUCUAUCGCAGCCUGGGGAGUAUCCCUCCGCUCCGCACCGCGCAGUACAACUCCAAGUGGCUGAAUGAACCCAACUUUGUGGCCGCCUACGACAUCGGCCUCUUCACCUACUUCUUCUUCCGGGAGAACGCGGUGGAGCACGACUGCGGCAAGACGGUGUACUCGCGGGUGGCGAGGGUCUGUAAGAACGACUUCGGGGGGCGCUUUCUGCUGGAGGACACCUGGACGACGUUCAUGAAGGCGAGGCUGAACUGCUCGCGCUCGGGGGAGAUCCCCUUCUACUACAACGAGCUGCAGAGCACCUUCCUCCUCCAGGAGCAGGACCUCAUCUAUGGCGUCUUCACCACCAAUGUAAAUAGCAUCGCUGCCUCGGCGGUUUGUGCCUUCAACCUCAGCGCGAUCACACAGGCCUUCAACGGUCCCUUCCGAUUCCAGGAGAACCCGCGCUCCGCCUGGCUGCCCACACUCAACCCCAUGCCCAACUUUCAGUGCGGGAUCCUGAACGAUGACAGCCCCAACGAGAACCUGACGGAGCGCAGCCUGCAGGACGCCCAGCGCCUUUUCCUCAUGAACGACGUGGUGCAGCCGGUGUCGGUGGACCCCCUGGUGACGCAGGACAAUGUGCGGUUCUCCAAACUGGUGGUGGACAUCGUUCAAGGCAAAGACACCCUGUACCACGUCAUGUACAUCGGCACAGAGCACGGCACCAUCCUGAAAGCCUUGUCCACCGCCAACCGCAGCCUGCGCAGCUGCUAUCUGGAGGAGAUGCACAUAUUACCCAACGGGCAGCAGGAGCCGAUCCUCAACCUGCAGAUCCUGCACAGCAACCGCUCCCUGUUCGUCGGCUUAAAUCACGGCGUGCUGAAAGUCCCCCUGGAGAGGUGCAGCAUGUACCGCACAGAGGGGACCUGCCUGGGGGCCCGGGACCCGUACUGCGGGUGGGACAGUAAGAAGAAGCGCUGCACCACCCUGGAGGACAGCUCCAACAUGAGCCUGUGGUUCCAGAACAUCACCGAAUGCCCGAACAACCCCCCGCCGCGGUGUGGCGGCAGAGACUGCGACGGGCCGCGGAUAGAAAUCACCAACUGCUCGCGGAAACGUCGCCCCCAGGCGGCUGCGACCGUGGCGGAUCUUACGACCCGUCGGGUAAAUAAGAAGCGCAUGGUAGCGCUGCGCCCGCUGCGUUUCCGGGUUCACAGAGGUGCUGUUCCCCCGGCUGGAAUAUUCUGCAACGAGAACAACCCCUGCCCGGUCCCCAUCUUCUGGUCCUCCUGGGGUUCGUGGAGUAAGUGCAGCGCCGAUUGCGGAGGAGGGGUCCACACCAGGCAGCGGACCUGCGAGAAUGGGAACACGUGCCCCGGCUGCUCCCAGGAAUUCAGGACCUGCAACCCCGAAACGUGCCCGGAGGUGCGCAGAAACACGCCUUGGACGCCCUGGAUGCCCAUCAACGUCACGCAGAGCGGGGCGCGCCAGGAACAGCGUUUCCGAUACACCUGCAGAGCUCAGCUGUCGGACCCCCAUAUGCUGCAGUUCGGGAGGAAGAAGAUCGAGACCCGGUUCUGUGCCAACGACGGCUCGGUGUCCUGCGAGACGGACUCUCUGGUGGACGAUCUCAUGAGGAACGGCAAGAGUCCGGCUCGUAUAGUCAGCGGCGGCUGGAGCCCGUGGGGGGCCUGGUCUGCCUGUUCCCGAGAGUGCGAACUGGGGUUCCGAUCCAGAAAACGGUUCUGCAAUAAUCCGGAACCUCGGAACGGAGGACUUCCCUGCUCCGGAUCCGCCGCCGAGUUCCAGGACUGCAACCCCCAACUCUGUCCAGUAAAGGGUUCCUGGUCUUGCUGGUCAUCCUGGACGCAGUGUUCUGCUACGUGUGGGGGAGGACAUUAUCAGCGCACCCGUACCUGCACCAACCCAACCCCGUCCAACGGAGGCGACAUCUGCAUCGGACUGCACACAGAGGAGGCGCUGUGCAACACCUACCCCUGUGAAGGCGGCUGGGCGGAUUGGUCGGAAUGGAGCAUGUGUCACGAAGACGGGACGCAAUAUCGCCAUCGCUACUGCGACAUACACAACCCCGGGCCCACGCAGUGUGUGGGGAACAGCACGCAGUACAGAGAGUGUAUAUACAACGAGAUCCCAGCUCCCCAGCCUGCCUCCAGGACAUCCGCCAGCCCCGAGCCGCCCCCUGCCGGGCCCCGGCCGGCCUCCUCCACCUCGGAAGCCGGGCCCCAGCCCUACCUCCUCCUCCAGCGGGAGCUCUAUGAUCUAUGUGGGUCUCCGGGCCACUGGGGCUGCCUGAUUCUGCGCUGCACGGCUCACCUCGCUGUUUUGGGGGCGGCAGGGUUCAGUCUCAUCCAUCUGAUUGCCACCGGGGUCUCUUGUUUCUUCGGCUCCAGCCUGCUGACGUUUGUGAUCUACGUCUAUUGCCAGCGCUGCCAGAGACAGUCCCAGGAGUCCACCGUCAUCCACCCGGCUACACCCAACCACCUCCAAUACAAGGGCAACUCCACGCCCAAGAACGAGAAAUACACUCCUAUGGAGUUCAAGACUCUCAAUAAGAACAAUUUGCUCCCGGACGACCGCACCAACUUUUACCCGCUGCAGCAAACCAACGUCUACACCACGACGUACUACCCCAGCACGCUGAGCAAAUACGAUUUCAGGCCGGAUUCCUCCCCGGGCAGGACUUUCACCAACAGCUGAGGUUUGGUCCCCGAUGGAAAUCCCAACUUCUCGCUGAGGCUCCAUCUCUCACCCCCGUCUCACGCUCCAUAAACCCGCCGCCCAGCUCCUUCCAUCACCGAACGAGUCGGGCAAGCUCUCAGACCGGACCUGCUGA